AUACCAACUAGUUCUGUCUCUUUUAUUGAUAUGUUGUGAAUAACAAGAUGGAAUCAGAGGAUCGAACUUCCUAUGUAAGACAUUGGGAAAGAAAAGCAAAUGAAGAAUCAUAUAAAAAUAACCAAAGUUUACAAUACAAUGGCUGCGUGUAUGGGAAGUACCUCACAACCGUAUUUUUGCUUGAUACGUCAGCCAGCAUGGCUGGGACAGGUUUGGAACAAAUGAAAAAAGCAUUCAAAGAAAUUAUUCAUGAAUUUUCUCAGCACCCAUCAAUAAAAGAGAAUGUGACAAUUAUAACAUUUGGACGAGACGUGAAAGUUCUCCAGUACUAUUCCACUGAUUACACGAAAAUAUCCCAAUGUGUUGACGAUAUAGAAUGCGCUGGAGGAAGUCCAUUGGAGGCGGGACUUAUUCUUAGCUCGUCUGGAAUCUUAUCAGUUCCAUAUAUGACGUUAGGAUCAUUUGAUCUCAGAACGAGGGUUGUUAUAAUAACAGAUGGCAAACCUACUGAUUUUGGCACGGAAAACAGCGAGGACGUCUUUGAGUCUAUGGGCUUAGAUAAAACCAGUGGGACCAUUAUCAAAAGAAUAAGAGGAAUGGGUAGAUGGAACCCAAUUUUCUGUAUUCCAGUGGGACAAAACCCAAAUAUAUGCCUCUUGGGGACUAUGAUAAUUGAGUCGAAUGGAGGUAAACUUAUUCCAUGGAACGAAGCCAAGCAAUUCGGAAGAUAUUCUUUAAACAUAGACUUAGCUUCGACGGUUUUCCAAGAACUAUCGGAUAAAGAUGGGUUUUCGCGAGAAGACAUAACGUCUGAAGUUUCAAAAAUGAAAAUCGGUGUGUCUGGAAAAGAUUUGAAUGACGUCUGUGAAAUAAUUGAAAAGAGACAUGCAUACAGGUCUUCAAGUUGUAUUGAGAAAGAAAUAGAGGAAGAGCAAGAACAGGAGUUUCAAGAAAAAUAUGCGCACAUGCCUAAUGUAGGAACUCGUGUUCGAAGAGGACGAGAUUGGAAGUGGAAAAACCAAGACGGACAAGGAGCAGGAACGGUAACAGGACACUCAAAUCGGUUUGGAUGGAUCAACGUUGAAUGGGACACUGGGCUUUCACUGCUGUAUAGAUAUGGAAAUGAUGGUAUUAUGACUGCAUACGAUAUUGAACCCUCUGAUGAACCAAGAAUACUACUUGAGGAUCAGCCAAUAGCUGUUGGUUGUCUCGUCCGUAGAGGUCCUGAUUGGAAGUGGGGUGAUCAAGAUGGCGGGCCAGGGAAUAUCGGAACAGUAUUUCGACUUAAAACUCCGACAGAAAUAUACGUUCGUUGGCCAAAUGGGAAUAAGAGUAACUACAGAUAUGGAUAUAGAGGCUACCAUGAUAUCGAAAUAUGCGACCCGUUUGAUCCAUCCGUUUUAGAAACCCGGACAAGGCAAAUGACAUCUUCAAUGUCAAAGCACAAUGAAGCAUUAAAUUCUAAAGAAGCGGCUGAUGCCGAUGUUACAUGGCGCUCAACCGGUGACAUGACGUUUAGCAAAGCAUAUUCAUUGAACAAAUCCAACGACAGUAAAAAGGACACAGUUUUUUCUGACAGUAGCCACCACGGACGCAGUAUAUUCAGAAACCAAUGUGAUAAUUCAUCUUGCAGUAGUUGGCAAUGGCAGUCGCGUUGUGGUCAGUGGAAAGAUUUUCCAAAAGAUGCAAACGACACCAUUAUGGAAUUUUGUUCAAAGGGCAAAGGAACAACCGUCAUUGUCAAUCUAAAUGGACAAUUAUGCAGAAUUAAUAUGAAGAAGAAGAACAUGAUGAAUACUAUAACCAAAGAAGAAUUCAAUGUCAGACUAUAUAACAAAAACCCACAUGUUGGAUAAAUCAACUUUGCUUAAUGACUAAUUUUUCUGAUUUUUUAUAGGGUCACUUUGUUUCAUUGGUGUGUGUUCGAACCUAAGAUUUGUUUGAAUGAGAUGUUGAAUAACUUUUUUAAAUAAUUCUUUCGAGGAAAUUAUAUCUUGAUUUGAUUUUUUGGAUGUAUUUUUAUUUUCAAAUAUUUAUUACUCACAUCAACACCCCAAACAUUCAGUGCAAUCCUGUUUAUCAGCUACAAUACCUUGCAAUAUAAGCUAGAUAGAGUUUUAUCUUCAAAAGUCAAAGACUUAGUAUUAACCCGUACAUUAAAGCGAGCAAUAUCCGUGACACAACGAUGCUUGCAAACCUUGCAUAUUUUGCACACAAAUAAAAUUACAAUGAAGUGUAUAAUAUUUACAUCUUUGUAUUAUUCCAAUUUGCACAAGAUUAAAUCAAUAGUUUGUCAAGGAAAUAUUCUCCAAAUAAUUGAUCGGUGGUAAAACAAAAAUUGGAUCCAUUUUUCCUUGAUAACGUAAGAAUUUAUGUUUAGACAAAUAUUGAUAGAAAAGGAAACCAUGCCGUUAAGGAAGACUUAAUAAAAGAAAAUCA